AUGGAUAAUUCGUUAGAUUUACCUUCUGAAUCUCCUCUGUCGAAUUCUAUUCUAAAAAAUCGACCAACACCUAUUGCUAGAACCAAAGUAAAACCAACAAAUAAAGCACCUUUGACUAUUGGUCUUGAUGAUGCUGUACCACUUGAGGAUUCUCAUGUUGUUGAAAAUCCACCACAUGUUUCCAGUAAACAACUUUCAUCGAACAAUGUAAAGAAUGAUGAUUCAAAUGUUGUAUUUCGUCAAAAAAAAUUUUAUUCAUCAAAUAGAAACAAUAUUUUAGCAUGUUUACCACAAGAAAAUAAUAAUAACAAUAAUCAUAUUUAUUCAAAUUCAUUAAAUAUAUCUGAUAAAAAUCUAUUCUAUGUUACUUCUUCAAUAUUUGAUGAUGACUCAAGUUCUCAUUCGUCGUCAGACCAAACAUUAUUAUCGCAACACGAAAAAAACAAUUUAACUAUUUCAAAUAUCAAUCAACAAAAAAAUCCAUCAUUACUCAAAGAUCAAUUAAAUAAAAGUUCUCCAUUAGAAUCAAUGGAUACAAAACUAAAUUCAAUUUCUAAUUUGAUGGAAAAUUCUUCCAAUACAUCAAUAUAUAGUGAUGAUGAUUCAGUUGUACCAAAUCAAACAACAAUUUAUCUCGAUAGAGUACGAGAAAAUUCCAGUAAUUGUCGAUGUGCUGAUUGUAAUGCUGAAAAUCCAACGAUUGCUAUUAUGUCUUGGCUUUUGAUAAUAUGUAAAAAAUGUGCUGCGAUUCAUCAUCGUUUGACUUCAAAUUUCCUUCGUCUACAAUCAUUGAUGACUAAUACAUGUGAUUCAGAUUUAAUUGAUCUACUUCAUGAUUAUGGUAAUCAAUUUACGAAUAGUUUAUUAGAAAAUAAUUCUUCAAAAAAUUCAAAACCAAAUAUUAAUUCAACAGAAUUUGAACGUAAACAAUAUAUAAGAAAAAAAUAUAUUGAAAAAAUUUAUCUUCAACCAUAUCAAUCAAAUCAUUUUACUUAUACACAAGAUCAACUUAAUAAAAUGUUAUAUGAAAAUGUUGAAACAACAGAUUAUAAAAAAACAUUACAUUUAAUUAUGUUAGGAGCUGAUCCAAAUUAUUCAGAAAAAAAUUUUGCUAUUGCAGAUCAUGCUCAACGACAUCAACAAAUCAAGCAAAUGAAAAUUAUUUUAGCGAAUGGAGGUAUAGCUGAAUUUGAUUUAAUGAGAACAAAAUUUGAUGAUGUAAAUGAAACAAUUGUUUAUUUAUCUAGUAGAUAUGGAGUUCUUAAAGAACUUUUAACACGUUAUGAAAAUGAUCGUCUUAAAGUCUAUCCUCCAACUUCUAAAACAGAUAAACUUCAACGUUGUGUAUUUGAAAUUGAUUUAAAUAAUGUACUUGCUAUAUGUAAUCAAACAGUUAAUGCUGUUUCAUUAAGAUGUCGUUUAACAAAUACACCAGUAAUUAAUAUAAAUAGUCAAUGUACAAUAAUUGUUGAUGAUCAAACAUCAUCAAAUGAAUAUGUAUGGAUUUUUCCAAAUGAUCUUGAACGUUCAUUAUGGAUACGUGAAAUAAUUAAACGACAAUAUUGUUAUUAUCAAUUAAUAUAUUCAGAUUUUAUUUUAUUAAUGAAAUUAAAUAUUCAAGAAGGAAUUAAUGCUGAAAAACAACAAGUUACAGGUAUUGUUUAUUCAGGACGUUUUGUUAUUUGUUCGGAUACAAUAUUUGAUGAAGUUGAUUUACGAAAAUAUUUAAGUUUAACUUAUCAAAAAACAAAAGACUUUACAGGUGUUGUUCUUUGUCUUGUUUCAAAACGUUUUCUUUAUUUAUCAUCACCUAUUAUAAAAUUAAUGGAUAUGUUAUAUUCAUGUCUUCGUCAAGCAAUUAAAGUUAAAACAUUAACAAAUUUAAAUGAACAAAUAUUAACAUCACAAAAUAUACCAGUUAUUGUUGAAAGAUUUAUUAAAUUUCUUUUUGAACAUGGUUUAUUAGCGAAAGGUAUUUAUCGUCAAGCAGGACAAGAAAGUAAAAUCAAACAAUUAUUAAAUGAAUGUCUUGAAGAUCCAUUUACUCCUACAUUAACACCUGAAAAUUAUACUGAACAUGAUGUUGCUAAUGCAUUAAAACGUUUUCUUCGUCAAUUAGAUAUGCCAUUACUUGGUACACGUGAAAAUUAUAAUGCAUGGUUACGUUCAACAGUUGAUAAGACAAUUAAAAGUGAACAAUUAAUUCAAUAUUAUCGUGCAUUACUUAAAGAUUUAAAAAAAAAUUUUCCAAUACAUUAUUCAACAUUAAGAACAAUGUUAAUGCAUAUUCAUACAGUUGCUAUGUUAUCUGAAAUAAAUUGUAUGACUUUAUCGAAUCUUGUUUCAACAUUUGCACCAUGUCUUAUAUCACAAGCAACAUUAGCACCAACGAAUUCGAUUAAUGGAAUCGAUGACGAUCGUCAAAUAUCAUUAGAUGAUAUGGAUAUGAAACGUUUUGCAAAUCAAAAUGAACUUAUUCAACAAGGAUUAUCAAAUCUUACUGAUAGUCCACAAUUGACAAAACUUAAACGAAAUCGAUCUUUUCAUACUUCUCGUGAGUCUUUAUCAUCAAUUUCAACAUUAUCUCAAUUUCAAUUAUCACCAGCUUAUAUUCAUGUUGCUCCAUCGAUUCAAGCAAAUUUUGAAAUAAUGACUAAUCUUUGUAAAUAUUAUCGUGAAUUAUUUGAUAUAACUGAUGAUGAAUAUGAACAUGAAAGAACAUGUAUAGAAGCAUUAAUAUCAAUACGUAAUAAUCCAUCUAUUCCACGUAAAUUAGAUGGUGCAAUAGUUUCAGUUUAUUUUGAAUCUCGUGCCGAUGCGUUUAAUGGUUAUGCAAUGUUUAUUUUUGAAAAAGAAACAACAGCUGAUAUAAUUAUUGAUAAAUUAUUAAAACAAAUUGAUAAACAUGAUUGUUUUUUUUGGACUUUAUUUGAAGUAAUUAUUGAUCAAAAUCUUGAACGACCAAUGUAUUCAUGUGAAAAUAUAUCAGAAGUUUUAUAUCGUUAUCGAACAUAUUUAUCACAUGAAUUAAAUUUACAAGCAACAUUUGUUGUUAAACUUAAUUAUAUACAAUUUGAAAAAGAACGUUUACAACAACGACAACAAGAUUUUAAUAAUCAAUUAGUUCAAUGUGAAUAUUUUGAUUCAUUAAAUGAACGAUGGACACCAUGUUUAUGGAUAUUUGAAAGAGCAGUUCUUAAAAUUUAUCGAAUUUCAAAUAAUAUUAAUGAUAAAACACUUAAAACAAAAUUAAAUUUUAAUCAACAAGAAUUAGAACAACAACCAAUCAUUUAUUCAUGGUCUGUUGAAGAUAUUUAUCUUUAUAUUGGAACUGAUUGUCGUUUUGUUGAUCCAUUUGAUAUGAGUCAAUAUCGAGUAUUAACAAUUUUACCUCCUGAUAUUAAUCAAUCAAAUCAGACAGAAUUACCAUUUGGUAUAUCAUUUCGUUUUGCUGAUCGUAAUCAAAUGUUUUCUUGGUAUCUUGAAUUAGUUCAUAUAAAUGGACAUGAUAAAUGGACACGACAAGCAUCACGUUCAAUGCCCGACGGUAUUAAUUAUUUACCAUUACAAAAUUAUCAUAUACCAUCAUCAGUAAUGUUAACAAGAAAAAAAUCUGAUGUAUUUAAAAAUAAAUUUAUUACUAAAGGAUGUCAUGUUGCUUCAAAUUUUUGUAAACAAUUACGAAAAUGA